AUGGUGGAGGCGCAGUCGUGGACGACGAGAAGGGGCAGCAACCCCCGGUUCGAGCCGAGCAACGACCAGGUACUGGACAUUCCGGUGACCCCGACGGCGGAAAUUCGGCAGCACGCCUACUCCUCCCUCAUCUCCCCCACCGUACUCACCGCCGCCAUCAUCGCCUCCUGGUACCUCUCCAACAUCGGCGUCCUCCUCCUCAACAAGUACCUCCUCAGCUUCUACGGCUACCGCUACCCCAUCUUCCUCACCAUGCUCCACAUGCUCUCCUGCGCCGCGUACAGCCUCCUCGCCGUCCGGUGGCUUGAGGUCGUCCCCUUCCAGCCCAUCCACAGCCGCCGCCAGCUCCUCAAGAUCCUCGCCCUCAGCGCCAUUUUCUGCUUCUCCGUCGUCUGCGGCAAUACCUCCCUCCGCUACCUCCCCGUCUCCUUCAACCAGGCGGUAGGGGCCACCACCCCUUUCUUCACCGCCAUCUUCGCCUUCGUCAUCACCUGCAAGAAAGAGUCGGCCGAGGUCUACCUGGCACUCCUUCCCGUCGUGCUUGGCAUCGUCGUGGCCAGCAACAGCGAGCCCCUGUUCCACUUGUUCGGGUUCCUUGUGUGCAUCGGGUCCACGGCGGGGCGGGCCCUGAAAUCCGUGGUCCAGGGGCUGCUUUUGACCUCCGAGGCCGAGAAGCUGCACUCCAUGAACCUCUUGCUUUACAUGGCUCCAAUGGCAGCUGUAAUCUUGCUGCCAUUCACUCUGUACAUUGAGGGGAAUGUAUUGGCAUUGACUAUUGAGAAGGGGAGAAAGGACGGGUUCAUCGUGUUCCUAUUGGCCGCUAAUGCCACUGUGGCGUAUUUGGUCAAUUUGACUAAUUUCUUAGUGACAAAGCACACGAGCGCUUUGACUCUGCAGGUGCUGGGGAAUGCGAAAGCGGCUGUGGCGGCCGUUGUGUCGGUUUUGAUAUUUCGAAAUCCGGUGACGGUGAUGGGAAUGAUGGGGUUCGCAAUCACGGUAAUGGGUGUUGUGCUUUACAGCGAGGCCAAGAAGAGGUCCAAAGGUACAACUCAUUAA